AUUAGCAAGGAGGACUUUUGAAAGUAAUUUUGUGUUCGGAGCAUCAGGAGAGGCUUAGUUUGAUCAACAAAGAGGAAGACAUACUCUGACAGCAUCACCAGUCGUCCUUCUCCCUUCCGUGUGGCUGACGCUCUGCCCAAUAACAGGCUACUUUAGUCAAGACAGUCGAUUCAGGGGAUCUGCAACCAAGAAACAUGUUACAGUCUAGGAGGAACACCCGGACCACCACCAGCAGCGGGAGCAACAGCAGGAUGAGCUCUGACGGGGGCAGCCGGCCUGUCAAGGUUGGCUCUCUGGUGGAGGUGAUUGGGAAGGGACAGCACGGCACAGUGGCUUACAUCGGUACUACACUCUUCGCUUCUGGAAAAUGGGUGGGCGUAAUCCUUGAUGAGGCCAAGGGCAAGAACGAUGGCACUGUGCAGGGCAAGCGUUACUUCACCUGUGAGGAGAAUCAUGGGAUAUUUGUGAGACAGUCACAGAUCCAGUUAGUUGAUGAUGGGCUUGAUACAACAUCUCCUGAGACACCUGAGACAGGCACCACCAAGGUUCCCAAACGAGAGAUCCAAGAAACCCCAAAGUCCGCAAAACUGCGAGGAGUGAAGCCCAAAAAGACUCCUGCACCCCGGAAGACCACAGCCAGAAGGCCUAAGCAGAGCAGCCGAACUGCAAGUGGGAAGGGGGCUGCUUCCGGCUCAGCUUCAGCCUCUGCUGGCGAGAUGAGUAGCAGCGAGCCCAGCACCCCAGCCCAAACCCCACUGGCUGCGCCGGUCAUCCCCACACUCCAUUCCCCUGGAAACCCUCCAGCUCCUAUCCCAAGCAAGGAGGAGGAGGUGCUGCGUGCCCAAGUGAAGGACCUAGAGGAGAAGCUGGAGACCUUGAAGAUGAAGAGGACAGAAGACAAAGCCAAGCUCAAGGAGCUGGAGAAGCACAAAAUCCAGCUGGAGCAACUGCAGGAGUGGAAGACCAAGAUGCAGGAGCAGCAGGCUGAGCUGCAGAAACAGCUCAAAGAGGCUAAGCGGGAGGCAAAAGAAGCGCUUGAGGCCAAGGAGCGAUACAUGGAGGAAAUGUCAGACACUGCGGAUGCAAUUGAGAUGGCCACACUGGAUAAAGAAAUGGCUGAAGAGAGGGCAGAAUCUCUGCAACUGGAGGUAGACUCCCUCAAGGAAAAAGUGGAUGAGCUCACCAUGGACCUUGAGAUCCUAAAACAUGAGAUUGAAGAAAAAGGUUCAGAUGGUGCAGCCUCCAGUUACCAUGUCAAACAACUGGAAGAGCAGAACAGCAGACUGAAGGAAGCACUGGUCAGGAUGCGUGAUUUGUCUGCGUCUGAGAAGCAGGAACAUGUGAAGUUGCAGAAGCAGAUGGAGAAGAAGAACGUGGAGCUGGACGCUCUGAGGAGCCAGAAAGAAAAACUGCAGGAAGAGAUGACAGUGGCAGAAAAGACCAUUGAUGAGCUGAAAGAGCAGGUGGAUGCUGCUUUGGGAGCAGAGGAGAUGGUGGAGACUCUUACAGAGCGGAACCUGGACCUGGAGGAGAAAGUCAGGGAGCUUAGAGAGACCGUCACUGAUUUGGAAGCGAUCAAUGAGAUGAACGACGAGCUGCAGGAGAAUGCCAGGGAGACUGAGCUGGAACUGAGGGAGAUGGUGGAUCUGGGAGCGGCAAGAGUGCGAGAGUCUGAGAAACGGGUGGAAGCCGCGCAAGAGACUGUCGCCGAUUAUCAGCAAACCAUCAAAAAGUACCGUGAGCUCACCGCCCACCUGCAGGAAGUGAAUAGAGAGCUGACCAGCCAGCAGGAAGCAUCAGCAGAGCUGCAGCAGCAGCCUCCAGCUGAGAUGUUUGAUUUCAAGAUUAAGUUUGCAGAGACGAAGGCUUACGCCAAGGCCAUUGAGAUGGAGCUGAGGAAGAUGGAGGUGGGACAGGCCAAUAGGCAUGUUUCUCUUUUGACUUCCUUCAUGCCUGACUCCUUCCUUCGUCACGGUAGCGACCAUGACUGCAUACUGGUGCUGCUGCUUAUUCCCAGGCUUAUUUGCAAGGCUGAGCUGAUCAGCAAACAAGCCCAGGAGAAGUUUGACUUGAAUGAGUACUGUGUGGAGCGAGUGGGGCUGAAGGGAGCCAUCGGCGAGCAGCUGAGCUUUGCGGCCGGCCUCGGCUACUCACUCAGUCUGCUGCAGGCCACGCUGCACAAAUACGAGCAGGCUCUGUCCCAGUGCACAGUGGAGGUCUACAAGAAGAUCGGUUCUCUGUACCCGGAGAUGAGUGUCCAUGAACGUUCGCUGGAUUUCCUUAUUGACCUGCUGCACAAAGACCAGCUGGAUGAAACAGUCAAUGUGGAGCCGCUCACCAAAGCCAUCAAGUACUAUCAGCACCUGUACAGUAUCCAUCUUGCAGAGGAGAGUGAGGACUGCACCAUGCAGCUGGCCGAUCACAUCAAAUUUAUCCAGAGUGCCUUGGACUGCAUGGCUGUGGAAGUUGGCCGUUUGCGGGCGUUCCUGCAUGCGGGUCAGGAGAAGGCCGACCUUGCUGUGCUGCUGAAGGACCUGGAGACGUCCUGCAGUGACAUCCGCCAGUUCUGCAAGAAGAUACGCCGUAGAAUGCCUGGAACUGAUGCAUCUGGAAUCCCAGCAGCAUUAAACUUUGGGCAGCAGGUGUCAGACACACUAUCAGACUGCAGGAAGCACCUGACGUGGGUGGUGGCGGUGCUGCAGGAAGUGGCAGCAGCAGGCGCGCAAAUGAUGUCACCGCUCGGUGAACAGGACGGGCUGUCAGCUGUCAAACUGGAGGAUGUGGCUUUCAAAGCCGGAGAGCAGAUUUAUGGAUCACAGGGCGCCAACCCCUACGAGUGUUUGAGACAGUCCUGUGGCGUUGUCAUAGCAACCAUGAACAAAAUGGCUACAGCCAUGCAGGAGGGAGAGUAUGACUCGGAGAAGGUUCAGAACAAGAACAUGCCACCAGUGGAUCAGCGAGCAGCAGCACUUCGCGCAGAAAUCACUGACGCAGAAGGUCUCGGCUUAAAGCUGGAGGACAGAGAAACAGUUAUCAAAGAGCUGAAAAAAUCCCUCAAGAUUAAGGGAGAGGAACUGAGCGAGGCAAACAUUCGGCUCAGUCUGCUGGAGAAGAAGCUGGACAGUUCCUCCAAAGAUGCAGAUGAACGUGUGGAGAAGAUCCAGACGCGACUGGACGAGGCCCAGACUCUGCUGAAGAGGAAAGAGAAGGAGUUUGAGGAGACGAUGGAUGCUCUGCAGGCCGACAUUGAUCAGUUGGAGUCCGAGAAGGCAGAGCUCAAACAGCGCAUCAAUAGCCAAUCAAAAAUGACCAUUGAUGGUCUGCGGGGAACUGGCCCAUCAGGAAUAGCUUCCAUCGUCACAGGAAUUUCGGGGGAGGAACAAAAAGCCAGUAUGAUGUCCGGUAUAGCUGCAGGUUCGGGUUCCCAGGUGAUCGACUCACCACUGCUGACUCAGCAGAUCGAAACACAGAGACUGUGCAUCAAACACCUGAAGAAUGACAACAACAGGCUAAAGGCAGAGAAGAUGCACACCCAGCUCGCAUCACUGCCUCCUCUCCGAGUGACCAAGCUUCCAUCCAGAGACACCCGUCCAGAGGUGCUCUCUAGCGCCCUCUACCGCAAGACUGACCAGUUGUUGGAGACACUGCUGCAGUUGAGUGCCAACGUUAAGGUGGUGGAUAUUACUGGAAAAUCUCCAGUGACACCUGGGGCCCAGCUCUUGGAACAGACGGCUAGAUUACAGUCUCUCCGUGACACUCUGGACAGACUAAAGGAUGAGGUCGCCGAGCACGUCGUCAGCCAGCAGCCUGGAGCACAAGUCUCGUCUGAUUUUGCCACGUUCCCUUCUGCCUCCUUUGUAAAGGUGAAGGAGGAGCAGCAAGCUGACACGGUACUGGUAGGUCGGGUCAUGAUGCUGUGUCCCCGUGGACAGGAGCAGGUCCACCGCAUCGUCCUGUCUCAGUCUCAGCUCCAGAGUGUGCACAGUUUGCUGCAACGUUAAGCCUGUGCUCCUGAUCCCGACGCCCUCCAUCAGCUACUUGCUUGGUUUCCAUCUAGAGCCCAAUAGUCCAUCCAGGAUCGACUCAUCCCAGAUCGGUAGUCAUGAGGUCACGUUCUUGGAGA